UUUUCAGGUUAGAUCUGGUGUGUGUAUGGUGUUUACAUUGAUGGUGUUUACGAAAGGAAGUUCUGAAAAAAAAAAAAAAAGAUGCACACAAGGUGUUUGAUGAAAUGCCUCAAUGAAAUUUGGUGGUUGGUGGCAGCAUGUGGUGGUGGUGGUAGUAGGGGAUAAGCAAAGGAACCGAUCUGGUUGGAACCGGCCUGAACCGGACCUGGUCCGGGAACCGAAGUCGUCCGAAAUUAAGAAACGAAUCGGACCGCCGGUUCUACCAGUUCCCAGUUCUUGCCAUGUCUUCAAUGUUGGAACCGGUCCUCAGGAAAUAGCAACAUACGGUUCCGGUUUUUGUCGGUUCUAUUGGUUUUUGCCGGUUCCACCGGUUCCGGUUCUACUGAUUCCUGUUCCUACCGGUUCCAAAAAUCCACAAAAUUAUCGUCCCGAUCCCAUCCUGAUUGGUUCUAUCCGGUUUCGGUUUCGAUCUACUUGCUCAGCUUCAGAGAUCAUUUCCUCGAUCUAUCCGAAAUUUUCAACGCCCGUUACAAUUGAAUCAAAGGCAUUCAGCAAAUUAGAUGCAACUCUAGGAUUGAUUUUUUCGAAGCUCUCAUUAUUCUGCUUAAACCCUAAUAUCAAGAAUGUUGGAUAUAUACUCUCAUAG